AUGGAUAAUCGAAUGGAAGAAGACGGAGAGUUAAAGUCGGAUGUGGAGACGUCGUCGGAUGAAAAAGCAACGGAUUCUGAAACGGACAAACGGAAAAGGACCGACUCGGAACUAUCGUUGAAAGGUGGGGUGAGAAGAAGAGAAAGGUGUUUAAAUGGAGUUGGUUUCAGACAAGAAAAAGAAGCACAAAAAGGAGAAGAAACACAAGAAAGAGAAAAAACAUAAGAAAGAGAAGAAACACAAAAGAGAGAAGGAGAGAAUUGAAGAUGAACCACCGACGAAGAAAAGAGUCGUUGAUGAGGGAACGUUGGGAAACGGGAAAACAAGAAGUGGAAGCUCGGAGAGAAAGGAAAGAAAAGAACGAAGCAGAAGUCGAGAUAAGAAGGAAAGAUCGAGAAGUCCGCAAAAAAGGGAACGGUCGAGAAGUGCUGAAAGAAGAGAUCGAGAGCUGAGAGAACGGAGAGAAGCAGAGAAAAGAGAACGGUCUCGGAGCAGAGAAAGAAGGGAAGCGCAGAGAAGAAGAGACGUCGAGCAUAGGAGAGAUAAUCGGACAGCGGAUCGAGGAAGACGGUGAGAGCGGUAUCAAUUAAAUUAAUUGAAUCAAUCUUCUUUGCUUCCAGAGAUAAAACACCGGAAAGAAUUCGUACAACUCGAGACGACCGUCGGGAAGUCAGGAGGGACGACAGGUAUUCGGGUCGGAACAGAUCAAAAGACAGAAGAAGCCCGGAAAGAAGACGUGACUCGGAUAAGCGAAGCGAAAGGAAGAAAGAGAAUACGAACGACGUCGAAUGGAACCUCGAUUCCGAUUCGGAAGGCGAGCAGAGAAAGAUUGAGGAGAGCAGAAAGCGACGAAUGCAGAUUAUGAAAAACUUGGAGGGAAGCACUGGAGAGAAUGUAAAUAUCCAGAUGAAUGGCGGCGUUCAAUCCUGUUCCUUCCAGAGUCCGAGAGUAAGCAGCAGUCCGCGAAGUGAAGUGGCGAAUAGGGGAGACAAGAAAACUGACAAUACUGAGGAUAGCAGUUCCGAUUCUGGAGACGAGGAAGAUCGGCAAUUGGCAGAGGCUAGAGAACUCAUCAAAGCGGUUUGAGCUGCAAACAUGAACAGAAAUACGGAAUUCAUUUCAGACUCGUUUUGGAAGUGAGCACGGGAGUGGAACAUCGACUCCAGUUAGUUUCCAGUCCGACAACGACACUCCGACAGAUUUCUUCACUGGACUUCGUGACAAAAUGGUACAUAUCAAGGAUGCGGAUGAGAAGAAUGUAGACGAAGAACUGAAUCGAGUGAAAGAAGAAGAGCACAAAGAGGAUUGGCAGACGAAGCUAAAUGAAAAGUUGAAGGCAGAAGAGGAGGCGAAGGCGAAAGCUGAAGCUGAGGCAAAAAAGAAGGACGAGGAGAAGAAGGACGAUACGGGAUUCGAUAUGUUCGCUGAUAACGAGGAACUACCACAGGACAGCACGACCAUCGACGGGCACAAAGGAGCAGUUCAUGAUACUCUGAAAGACAAUUGGGACGACGUCGAAGGAUAUUAUCGAGUUCGAAUCGGAGAACUUCUUGAUACUCGCUAUCGUGUCGUCGGAUUCACCGGAGCUGGAGUAUUUGGAAAUGUGUGCAGAUGCACCGAUCAAACUAAGAACAACACGGUCGCCGUGAAGAUCAUCAGAAACAACGAAAUCAUGUACAAAACAGGACUGCGAGAGCUGGAAGUUCUUCGGAAAUUGAACGAAGCCGACAAGGAGGACAAGUACCAUUGUCUCCGUCUGUUCCGCACCUUCAAACAUCACAACCAUCUCUGUCUUGUCUUCGAGAAUUUGAGCAUGAAUCUUCGCGAGUUGCUCAGAAAGUACGGUCAAAAAGACGGUCUGCAUCUAAAGGCCGUUCGCAGUUACGCACAGCAGCUUCUUCUCGCUCUCCGUCUUAUGAAGAAACUUGAGUUCGUUCACGCCGAUAUCAAACCGGAUAAUAUUCUGGUGAACGAAUCGAAAUUGACCCUGAAGCUGUGUGAUUUCGGAUCAGCCGGACGAGUGAACGAGCAGGAACUGGCUCCGUAUCUCGUUUCCCGGUUCUAUCGUGCUCCCGAAAUCAGUGAGUCAUAGAUAUUCUUAUUUGUUCAUCACUUCAUUUUCAGUGCUUGGCGUUCGACACGACUACGCAAUCGAUUUGUGGUCUGUGGCAGUCACCUUGUACGAAGUUUACACUGGAAAGAUCAUGUUCCCGGGACGCUCGAACAACCACAUGCUGAAAUUAUUCACAGAUGUGAAGGGAAAAUAUCCGAACAGAUUGGUCAGAAAGUCGCAAUUCAAGGAUCAGCACUUUGACGCGAACUGCAAUCUUUUGUACCACGAGGUCGACAAAGUGACCCAAAGAGACAAGGUCAGUCGGGAUUCCUCCACAUUGUACAUAUCCACGUUUGCAGAUAUCUGUUCUCGCCAACUUGAAACCAACUCGCGAUUUGGAGACAGAAUUGAUCGCCGGACAACGUUUAACCCGUGAGCAAAUGGAGCAGGUGAGUAAGCCAUUUGGAGUAGUGGGUAACCACUCCGUCCGCCUCUCAACGCAAAACGGUUCGAUUCCGCUCCUUGUUCCUCGCCGCUUUGUAAACUUUCUGAAGCGGAGAUUUUAUGAGAGCGCAUAUAAAGAAACGGUCAUUAGCGGUGCUCAUCUUCGGUUAAUUUUCACGAUAUGGCUGAUUGGGUUCUGACCACAAUUGACUCUUUUUUCAGGUUCAAUCGUUCCGCAGUCUCAUGGACGGAAUGCUCGCCCUCGAUCCCAGCAAGAGAAUCACCUGCAACGAAGCUCUCAAACAUCCAUUCUUCACUCUUCACAUCAAAUAA